AUGCAUUUGUAUGUGCGUUACUCGAGUGAUUCCACUGAAGUGAUUCUCGAUCAUCUUGGACUGGUUUGUGCCGCAUUCAACGUUGCUACGGUUGCCGCACCUCUGAUGGCUUUGGGUGAAGUUAUUCGCAUGCGAAGCACCGAAAAUCUACCACUGCCGUUGUGUUUCGCGAAUUUAUUGGUCACUUCCGAAUGGCUUUGGUACGGCAUUCUCGUUGACGAUUUCUAUAUUAAGGUUUGUGUGUUUGUUGUACCUUACUUCUCCUCAUUAUCUGCUGUCGAAUAG